AUGCCGAGUCGUCGGCGGAGCAGUCCUGGGUCGUCGGCGGCCGGUCGUGGAGGCGACUUUGGUGCUUAUGCUGUGGUGGUGCGCUUUCGCCAACGACUGGAACUGGGACCUGGGCAUAGUCGUGAGCCUGGGGGUAGUGGACGUCAAGCUGCCGCACCAGUGCUGCCUCGAUUGCCCGAACUCACGACGAUUCCAUCCCACUCCAACCUCGACGACGGUUUGGAGCCUGAGAGUGAGGAGGGGGAAGUUGAGACAAACCGCCGCGCCAGCUAUCCCGCUGCCGGCACCGGGCGGAACACCAGUGUUAGUGCCCACUCGGAUCGUGGCUCUCCCCCACCCGAAGACUACGAGCGGGAACGUCGCCGCAGCCAGGCGUGGCAACGACACACCAUCGUUGGAGCACCCGCGGCUCCUGUAAGCACUGCCACCCCGCUUCCCCAACCCUCACGCGCAGAGCGUCAGGUCCGCUCCCUACCUCGGCCCUACGCACGCGCAUCCAUUGCCUGGGAACACCUGCCCGUCUCGUUUCCCGUCCCCAUUCCCGUGGGCGACGUGAGCAUCGCCCAGGCCUUGUCCAUACUCGCCACCCAGACCACCCCAGCCCCGCAAGCCACGGCGCUUCUCCGUCCCCCAGCUACCGCUUCUGCCUUUGCAAGUCCCUCUCAUGCAGCCAGCAUCAUGUCUCGACCUGCCUCCCCGGCACAUGAUCUCGUCGCUACCGACCUGGACGCCCAGAUCACCCGGGGUCAGGACGUAGUGGCCUUUGAUGAGGGCGAUGCAGGCAACAGCACCGACUCGACGAGUAUGGGUGCUAUUGCGGCUACCAGGCACGCCAACCGUCAAUCUUCACCGCAACCUCCAGAGACCGCAUCCCCAAACUCUCCAACAAGCCCCCAGGAUGGCCACACUCGUUCAAAUCUGUUCUCUGUCACCUCAGAAGCCGUUUCUCAGCUGACGCUCCCGGUUCACCGCUUUGCCGGUGCCGAGGCUCUUAAUCACGGUGCCUUUGUUCCCCGCCCCCCUCCCACUCUCAUCAGAGCUCGUUUGCUGGUGUCAAUAGCCUUGGAAAUGGAAUCGAUCGAUUCUCCCGCAGCGCACUCGCCUCGACCCCUCGAGCCCUCAGCCCGCCCCAGCGCUGACGGUGAAGACAUGCUUCGGGCAUCAGGCUUUCAUCCCGCCAUUGCCCAGGAUGUGAAAAAUGUGUCCUUCAUCCACGCCGUACUCGAGGUCACGCAGCACGUGCAAGACUCUGGCAAUCAAGCUGUAUCCGCCAAACUGGCUUGCGAUGCCGACUUGCGGCGCCAUGAGCAUCAGUCCCACAGCUCAGACCGUUUCUCACGCGCCUUGCCAUUCAAGUUUUCGCGAUAUCCAGCCCCAGCCCGUGAUCGCAGUGCCCGAGCACGCCUUCGCUGGCAACAAGCCAUCCGUGGUGUCAUUGCAGUUUACAAGUUUGGAUGGAAUUCGCGUCGCAUGGAGCAGCAGGUGAUUGUUGAUGGGGCCGAGGCCAUUGUGGCCGUUGGCAUCAACACAUGGGGCUGGCUUAUUGUCUUCCAAGAUGGCAGCAUCAAUCUAUUUCAUCCCGUGCAAGGAAUCAUCGAGGGCACUCUUCACCUCCGUGGCUUGCCACACGGUGCCGAGCUACAGUGCGGCGCUUUUAAUCAGGCCACCAACCGCCUCGUUGUCGGCACCACUGACAGUCUGCAUCGAUACGAUAUCAAUUUUCGACAUGAUCACAUUCAGAUCAAGCUCGUGGGCUCCAUCGAAAUUUCCAGCAAACCGCGCUGCAUCACAUGGUCUGGAACUCCCGAGGUGUGCAGCGUUGGAUACUCAGAAGGCUUGGCCGAUGUUGUCGACCCCGACAUGAUGCACGCAGACUACAGCGAUGCCGUCAUGUUCUCGUUUCGUGCCCCACAUCUCGACGAGGUGGUUGCUGUGGCUGUCGGCGCGCGUUCGCAGCUUCUGGCCACAGGUUGCAAGGACAAGCACGCUCGCGUUUUUGAUAUCGGCCCUCAACCGCGAGGCAGCAGCCGAAGUCGUUUAUUGUACUCGACGCCACGUGAUCGAGUAUACGCCCUGGCCUUUGAGCCCAUCGAGGAAGAGCUCCUUCUGAUCGGUGCUGAUGAUAACGUAGUCGAGCUGGUGCACCCACGUCAGGGACUUCAAAUUUUUCGCGUGACGGUUCACACUGACUACGUGCGCAGCGUCGCCUUCACACCCAGUGGCAAUGAGUUUGUUACGGCUUCCAAAAACGGUGAAAUUUUUGUUUCCGAUACGGCCUCGGGCCAGCAAACGUUCCGUCUGGACAUUGAUGACGCCCAGCAGAUUCAAGCCUUGUACAUGGAUCCGCGUAGCAACUUUUUUCUGGCCGGCAGCUUUGAACGCCCUGCCACAGCACCGACUCGGCUGACACUCUUCAAUGUCUUGGACUAUCGUCGGCCUAAGCGUCGGCAAACGGCUAAGUUUGCCACCAAGCCCAUCAUUGAUGUCAAGUUUUCCAAACUUUAUAUUGACGACAAUACGCGGCACACCUGCCUACUGGCGCUGGCAAGUUGCGGUACCAUCGUGGUGAUGGAUGUGGAUCAUGGCUUGAUCGUGAUGAAGCGCAAGCUAAAACAAUCCAACCCCGUGGCUAUUAUUCCUCAUCCCGACGAGCGCCACUUGCUGGUCGUGGAUCGCAACGGCGAUGUGUCAUCCGUGGAUCCGCAAGCAAAUGAUUCACACGUGUGGCUCAAGGCCGGCCAUGAGGGCCGCGUUUUGAGUGCUAUCCUGACUGCUCGUGGGGAUUGCUUGGCCUGUUUGUACGACACGCAAGAGCUUGAAUUGAUACCGCUUGAGUCGCGAGGCAAGACAUUGGCUCUCGAUCUACCUGAGGAGUGCACAUGUGUCGUCGCCUUUACCGUGUCCGGCAAGGAUGCAAUGGCGUUUGGCACAAAAUCCGGCAAUGUCUUCAUGCUUGACUUGGAUCAAAGCAGCGUGCGCUGGGUAGAGCCCUGUCAUGAGAAGGAAGUUUUCAACGUCGCAGCAUCACGCUGCAACCGCUUGCUUGCGUCAGCGUCUCGUGAUAAAACCGUCUGCAUCAUCAACAGUACUACGGGUGAGAUCUUGUACAAUCUGGAUGGACAUCACCACGACCACAUUCGCAGCGUGGCGUUCAACGCCAACAACGACCUUGCUGCCGGUGGCGCCGAUGGGUUGAUCAGCAUCUACUGUAUGUUUGCUAUUGCUUGCUUCAAGAAACCUGUAAUCAAGGCCCCAGUGAACGCCACUACAGUACUCGGGGUGUCCAAGUUCGACACCGUUAUGCUGAUGGUGAAAUUGGGGCGGCUGCUCGUCGUGGGUAGCAGUAGCGGAACACUGUCCUUGAUGGACUUGAGUUUGAUCCGACAAAUGCCAAUGGGCCACGAGGCACAGAUGGAACUUCUUGCGGAUCGAAAGCAGGGCGGCCUGUAUCGCACGAUCUCCAUGGUUGAGCUUUAUCCACUCAUUGUCAACACUCGCUCCUACCACGGACGGAGUCUUCUGCACAAAGCAGUGGAGGCCGAGGACAUGACUUUGCUUCGCCUUUUACUUGCGGCCAACAUUCCAUCCCUCUGGCUGGCUUUGGAUGAUCACGGCGAGGAUGUGCUCUCCAUUGCGGCCCGAAAGCACAGUUAUCCAGCCAUCAAAAUGAUUUUUCAAGCGAUCAUCACUGCCAAGCAUCAGCGUCGACUGGCACGCUUGCCCAAUCUGCACGAUCACGGCUUGCGCAACAUCAUCAUGAUUGCGCGCGAGUUUCCAGGCCUUGUGGCUAAAUUCUUGCAGGACUUUGGCCUUGACGAAACACUUGACGAGCGCGGCGAUGUUCUUGUACUGCACCUUGACUUUGUCACUGAAGCACCCGACAAUCUGAUCGUUGGCUCACAGCAGCGGCUCCCACCUCACUCAUGGGUCAAGAUGAAAAAAGCCAAGCAGAUAGUGACGCAGCGUAACAGCAUUGGCAGCGCUACUGCCGAACCGCACAGGGAGAGUCGCGCGGGGUCGCGACGCAUUCACAGUACCCUGAGCGUCAAAUCGCACGAGCUGAAAAAUGCCCCGCUCUUUACGGCGGCAUAUGUUGGGUUUCCCGAAGCUGCGGGCCUGUUGAUUCGGCGACCCAGCAAAUCAGUCUUUCAGCCAUGGCACCGGUCUGAUCAUGGCGACCGGGAUGACGUGCGAGAGAGCCUGCUGCACCACCUCUUGCACUGCCGUGACGCUCGUCUCUUUGGCAACACGAUCAUGCGCAAGGUUUUGGACUUCAAAUGGAACAGCUACGCACGGCGCCUCUUCUUUUACGAGCUUCUGCUCUUUAUGGUGUACUUGGCUCUCUUUCAAGCGUUUGCUGUUCUGAUGUCUGAGCUUCGCCGCGAUUAUGAUCAAGUGUAUACAACGCCGCGGGGGAUCGCCGCAGGCGCCCUGAGCUUGUUAUCAUGCAUUUUUGCGGGGCGGCAAGCCUUUCGCGAACGUCGUCAAAUUGCCGUGGCGGCGUCGGCGGCAUUGUUGACCGUGGUGUCGACGAUCCUGUACUUGACCAAAUAUGAGCGCACACACGACGUGGUUGCCGUGUGUAUCUUUUUGCUUUGGAUGCAAGUUCUAUACUUUUUGCGUGCCUUUGCAGCCACGGGCGCGCUUGUGCGCAUCGUCUUUCGCGUCCUUGGGCGUUCCAUGCCCUUUCUGUUUCUGCUCCUUUUGAUGAUGGUGGCGGUGACGAGUGCCUCGUAUGUCUUUUUCGGCGACGAGGUGGAGCCGCCCGGCGACGGCGACACCAUGCAGUUUGACAGCUCCACCAGCUACAGCAACGCCAUUCUUAACUCGUACAGCAUUUUUGUGCUCAGUGAAAUGGAGCUCUUCUUUGCACAACUUCACGACGCCAGCACCCACAAUGAUGUUCUCGUCAAACUGUUUUUUCUCGUGGUUUCCGUGCUGAUCACCGUUUUUAUGCUCAACCUGCUGAUUGGCCUCAUGUCUGAGUACAUGGCACAAGUGCACCAGGAGGAGGGUGACGCCUACCCCUAUGAGUUGGCAACGAUUAUUGCCGAGUUGGAGCUUUCCAUGCCGCAGGAGGUCGUGGCAGGGAACCGCUCCUUUUUCCCUCGCUGGCUGCAUAGUCUGGUACCCAAGAAUGACGAUCAUAUGGAUGAUGGUCGGGGCAAUGGAGGCACUGGGGCCAUCACCACCGACCGCAAUAGUCAAGCCUUGGCUCAGCAAAUCAAAACCAUGCAAACACAGCAGGCCGAGAUGGCUGCCAACCUGCACAAACUCCAGCAGCGUCUCGAGGACAUGGCCAGCGGAAGUGGACAGGCGGUUUCGAAGCGCCGCGGAUCGGCUCGGGCCAUCAACUUCUCACGCACUUCGUCACAAGUUUGGCGCCCAGACUUUGGCUAUCCUCAAGGGGGGCGAGGAGAGACGUCCCCGAGCCCGCUGCCUUCACAUGCUACACGACGUCAAGCGUCUCCUUUGCGACAUGAGGAACUAGCUCGCGCGUCUGUCAGCUACUCUCUCAGCGAAUCAGUGCCCGUGAACGUGUUCCCUCCAUCGCCAACUGAAGCGCGUGGAGCCAACCAGCACUUGAGCGAGUCAGUGGUAUAG